AUGAGUUCAACUCAAUUAUUCAGCAGAUCAAUUGCACAAAAGACCAUUAUUAGAACCAUUACCAACUAUAAAGGUAAUGCACCAUCAUCCAGAAGAACAAAGGUUGUUCUUUCAAAUGGCGCAACUGUUUCAGUUUGGACCUCACUCCCAUUCAACGAUAUUUGGAGAUCUGAUGUUGACUCUGUUUCAAAUCCACCAGUUUAUGAAUUUGAUAGUAAAGAAGUUAUCGAAAAGAAGAGAAGAGCCGAUUUAGAAUCAAAAUUCUCACAAUUAAGAAAAAGAUAA